AUUCAUAGGUGGGGGGAGCGUGACGUCAUCGCGUACAGCGGGACGUCUUGGAGAAGAUAAACAAAAAGGAAGGAAGCCUUCGGACACACAAUCGCGGCAAAAUCGGUUCAAAAUUCGAGGUCUCGAGCCGCAGUUAGCAGCUUGAUGUUCCCUUUAACCGCGUAGGUCGCUCCCCGCCGGCGCUCACGAUCAUGGACGACGCGAUAAUAUUCCGAAUGAGCGCGUUCUCCGAGCAGGGAGGGAGGAAAUACAUGGAGGAUGUUGUCGAGAUAAAAAUCGAGUACGAGCCGACGGCGGCGCCAGCGGAGGAUCAUCCAAAGUCGCAGCGGCAGCCUGAUGGAGGACAGCUGGGGGGAGCGGAGGGCGAAGCCGCCGGACACACCGACACCGAGGCGCGGGAUGAACGUGACGUCGCCGCCGAAUCUGGUCCCGCUUCUGCGAUGUGGGUGGAGAGUUUAUCCAACGAGGAGAGCGGCGAUAACAACAGCGGCGGCGGUAAGGCACCGGAACCGGCCGGGAAAGACGCAGAGCGCGUCGUGGACACGCGCAGGUCCGUGGCGUUCUUCGCCGUGUUCGACGGUCACGGGGGCCGGGAAGCCGCACACUUCGCCCGGGACAAUCUGUGGGAGCUGCUGAAGAGGCAGCGCGGCUUCUGGUCGAAGGAUCACAGCGAGGUGUGCGCCGCUCUCCGCAAAGGCUUCAUCGCAUGUCACCACGCCAUGUGGAAGGAGCUGCCGGAGUGGCCGAAGACCAUCACUGGUCUGCCCAGUACAUCGGGCACCACAGCCAGCGUGAUCGUGAUCCGCGGGGUUCACAUGUACGUUGCUCAUGUCGGGGACUCAGCGGUAGUGGUUGGAGUGAAAGAGAACGAGUCUGAUAUCACGCUCCAGGCACUUGAAGUAACACAAGACCACAAACCCGAACUCCCGAAAGAAAAAGAGAGGAUUGAACGACUGGGUGGCAGUGUAAUGAAGAAAUCUGGGGUGAACCGUGUCGUGUGGAAGAGGCCUAGACUGACCCAUAAUGGCCCUGUGAGGAGGAGCACAGUCAUCGACCAGAUCCCCUUCCUGGCUGUGGCCCGAUCCCUUGGUGAUCUCUGGAGCUAUGAUUUCUACAGCGGGGAGUUUGUGGUGUCGCCAGAGCCUGAUACCACUGUAAUGACCCUUGACCCCAAGCUGCAUCGCUACAUCAUCCUUGGCAGUGAUGGGCUAUGGAAUAUGAUGCCACCCAAGAAUGCUGUUAAUAUGUGUUAUAGUCAUGACAAAAUGGUGGGGCCAAAGGGAAUGUCUUGUGCCCGCCGGCUUGGAUGCACAGCGCUACUGUUCUGGAAAGAACGCAUGCUCCGUGCAGACAACACAACAGUUAUUGUCCUGGCCCUGCAGGAGCAUGGUGGACCUCCUAUCCCUAUGCAUCGAGAUGAGAUCGUUGUUGACAUGGCCACUGGAAUGGACCAUGUUCCAUACCCGGGUACUCCUUAUAACACAUGCGAGGUCCCACAGUUAAAAUAUGAUGGUUCACAGACACCGAUGGUCACACAGUUUCCGUCCGAGGACCACUCGUUCACCAAAUCACUCUUUUGUUUUCGGGGCCAACAGGCGGAGCAUGAGGAUGGCAUGUUUUAUGAAGAAGAUGAGAUAUAUGGAGAAGAACAUGAGGAUUGGACAUGCCUGGAGUGGUAGUGAGAGUGAAGCAGGGAACACUUCCUCCCGUUUCAGAGCGAGUUGCACAGCUCUGGAGCAGGCGUUAGGGCUGUAUGAAGCAGCCUUCUGUGCCACCGCGCAGCUCUUACCUGACGUUGACUCUAUUGGGGCCACACUGCCCUCGUCGCACGGCUCAGAGGAAGUUUACGAAAAGCAAGACUCGAUUACCCAAGUGGACUGUGGCGCAUCUGCUCCGCCAUUGAAAAGGUCUCGCCGUUCACUGCACACACACCCGGAACUCGCCCGGUCGCCCGACAAACCUUUGCCCCAGAAGACACCUUGUAGCAAAGCACCAAGUGAACAAUCCCGUGAAACACACGCUCAGAAAGGGGAAAGAAGCUCCUCGGAGGAACUGGCUCUCCUGUCACAGCACCACAACGCUGCCUUGUGUGUGUGCUGAAUCUUGUCUUGUUUCCCCCCCCCCCCCCCCCUAGACUAGAAAGAUAAUCGGCAUCAUGUCAACUUUGCUUACGUACCAGUUGUGCUGCAGGCCUGUUCCUAGAUGUAUACUUUUUUACAGUCUUUUGUUUUUUUUGUAAAUAUUUGAGAAAUUUGAGAUUGUAAAUGUGUUGAUGUUAUUCCUCCUUCCCUCUUCUUCCAGCCCCCCUCUUGAAAUUUUAGUGUUCAGGACUUUAAGAAUUGAAAUUUUGGAUUUGUUCAAUUGACACAAUCUAUUUUCAUACUUAUAAGUAUGUACAGUAUAUCCAGAAUAUGUAUUUUGAAAAAGAUGGGUCACUACAAUCUGACGUAACAUCAAUUGAUCCACCUGAAUUGUGACGCAUGCGUUCUUCCAGUCAACAUUUGUAUCAUUAUUACUAAUUAAGCGUUUUACAUUGUUUUGACUCGUUGGCUGCUGUAACAUGUCACUCUUUAUAGGGUUAAUACCUCAGACCAGUGGUUUCUUGGAACUUGCCUGCUUCUAUUGUUGAUGCUUAGUUUUCGUCUCCCCUUGUUCCAUAGGUUAAAAUGUAGGGUGCAAAGUAAAGGAACAGAAUUGACAAAAAUGGUCCGGGGAAAUUAUGCGGGUAUUGAUUUUAUUGAUUUUUUAAAAAACAUUUUUCUUUUCUUUUCUUUAUUAGUGGCUGAUUAUGCACUGUCACGAUCUUACCUGUUACUCGGCUAUUGGUGAAUUGUAUGCAUAGUGUGUGAGGAAACGUUAAAGUGUCAGUUCACUUAAAAACAGGAAAAAACAAUAUACAUCACAUCUCAAUUCAAGAGCUGCAUCCUUCCGAGGAUGUGGCUCAUGAAGGAAGCAGUCUUCGGGGGGCUGGGCCAGCUCGUCCCAUCCUUAUUGCUGUUGCCUAGCAACAGAGCUGAAGUUUGACACACAGAAAGUUUUAAUGCACCUGUGAUGCAACCCAUCAAAUGCAGCCCCUGAAUUGAAACACAGCUAUCCUCUCACUUACCAGAGUGGCAUCCGACCACGUGUAGAUGUGUGUGAUUUGAGUGAACUGACCCUGAAAACUUUGUUCUGUCAUUUCUUGGCUGGAUAGUCAUAUUGGUCCAUUCCAAGCACAUCCUCCAUUUAUCAUCCUCAUUGGGCCCGUGUAGAAGUACAUUUGUUUUAAAAAGGCAGAAAUAUUUGCUGUAUUGGUCUCGGUAAAAUCCAGUAUUAAUAUAUUACCUGUACCAAAGUGGAAGGUGACUGAUGUUAUUUGUAAGGUUCAUUUUAGGCAAUUUAAAAAUGUCUUCCACUUUGUUCUCAUAUGGUUUGCAUCUCUAACUAGUGUUUUGGUACAUUUAAUACAAUAAGUGCCCGAUUCGUGUUUUAAAGUAAAUUACAAAAUGGUCAAAGGUCUUACAUGUGUUCAUAUGGCAGCUCAACUACUCGUUAGCUGAUGUGUUUGCCUUAUUUUUAAAAAGAAGUUUCAUUGUUGCCUUAGCACAAAUUAGUCAGAGGUGCUUUCACAUGAAUUUUACAACCCCCCCCUCCCCCCACAAACAGGUGCAAAUCUCUCGGAUAUGUCGAUGUACUUGGGGCCUUGACCGUCAUCUCUUCACCACCGUCAUCUUUACCAUUCCUACUGCAGCAUACUGAACCCGUUCCACAAGGUUAAUGUUUUCCAGUUGUACUACAGAGCAGUUUGUCAAUGUUUGUACAGUGAGUCCAUAUGCAAUAGAAGUCUGUACAGUACACUAUUAUGCAAAGUGAUUGGUCGUGAGGAGUCUGGCAUGCUCAGAUCUGCUCUGUAUAUUGUGAAAGUGUCCGGAGGUGAUGGAUGUUCAUGAGCAUGUGGUGUGUUUUGACAGUUACAAUACUUGGGUCUGGCUUCAUUUCCACUGGAGCUAGUUGUCAGGUCGAAUAUAUAUAUAUAUAUAUAUAUAUAUAAUACAUACUGUACUUUACAUGCUUUGACCAGAUAUACAGUUUCUGUGUUGUAAUAAAGUUCUCAUUUUCCAAUUG